GCGAUCGAGACCUCGGAGCGGGAGGCCACGAGCAGCGGCAGGGAUGCCAAGGACAUGAGGUGCGACGUGGCCCUCAUGGCCAAGGAGGAGACGAGCAUCGAGGAAGUGCGCAAGCAGGACAAGCAGGUGCUCGGGGAGAACGCCUCCGACGCGGAGCCAGAGGGCAGGGAUGUCGAAGUGUGGGUUGCCAUGCAGCAGACCUCGCCGGAGCUGCUGGCUGAGAAGGAGAAGGAGCAACAGAAGACGGGGCUGCUGGUGUCGAGGGCCGAGGCAGCCGGCGGUCGCGCGACUGGCGUGGAGCCUGUCCCUGUGGACGCCACGGUGGAGUUCACCAGGGAGCGCGACGUCGCGAAGCAGGCUGCCCUGAACUGCAGCUGGCCAAGAGUGAGCUGGCCCGUGCAGAGGCAGGCUUCGAG